AUGACUGUUCUUGUGCUCGGAGUGGCGCAAAAAGCCUUGCCUAUCAGUCUGUUGUGCUGUUUACCUUGUUUGAAUGCCUCUGACGGAAAAGCAGGGAUAUCGAUGAACUCUACGAUCUUCAACACGUUCGUCAUACUGCACUCUCCCCUAGACCCUGCCCAUGUUCUCUGUGAUAUCGUAAGGUAUACGGUACUUGGCGGGAGCAAGAGUACCUCAAGAAGUCACGCCGACCACGGCUUUGAGACGUUCUCACGGCAAACUCACCCUUCCAGUGCGAGUUCGCGGAAGGCCGCACAAGUGCGAGAGAAGGAGGCAGCGCUACGUGAGCUGAUGCGAGGGGCGGAGUUAGAGGCACAUACGAGCCGCAAUGCGCCGGAAGCCGGAGCUUCGCGGAAACCCAAGAGCUCAAACCGGAACACCAGACAGCCCACCGCGGUUCUGAGGCAGGCGAUUGCUACAGAUGCUCAAUCGAAUUUCUCCUCGAGCAACUCGCCGCUUUCCCCGAAAUCCAAGCAGGAACGCAUGUUUGUCUCCCCCGAUCGGUGCCAGGCAGAGGAGAAGAGUACGCCUAGCGCACUGCAUGCAGGCACCCAUGGCCCACGGCGCGAAGUCCCGCUAGCGGACGAUCCCUUGGGCAAUGCUCGAGAUGAGCUAUCGUAUCUCGACACGGUAAUUACCCACCGCUGCCUGAUAUUCGCGCCCGCUUUCCCUCUCGCUUUCAUCCGGAACCCGGCUGCGUCCGGCGAGUACCAACGGCUAGGGCGCGAGCAUAGUCUGCAGGCGAACAGCGGGCUAUAUGCCCUUGAUCCCACGAAGAGGGAGAACGUAGUAUUCAUUGAGCACGAAGCUUGGUUGGUCACGAUGGUGCGCGACCUGGCCAUUACGUGCUCAUACGGCGAUAGCGAUCUCGAUGCGCAACACCUAGAACUCCAGGACCGUCUUCACCGCGAGCUUGGCCGCCUAGACGUCGUGAAAGAAGGAGAAUGGAAGAGGCAACAAGUGUUUGCAAGUGGCCGAAAAACGACCGUCUCUUCCAAUUCUGUCGAUACUUGUGGGUGA